AUGUUACUAUCUUCUGGUGCUCAUGCAGGAUUUGUGUACAGAGAAGACAGACAGGGUCCUAUUCAUAGCGCUAUCGUGCAUAAACAGCCUGAGUUAGUUCAUCUUCUUGUGAAUCGGAAAGACGUUGAUCCCAACGCGCUCUCUUCGGGUCGUACGCCUUUGGAGAUCGCGGUCGACGUAAAUGAAGAGUACCUGGUCGAAAUACUGCUUACAGAUAAGCGGGUCAAUCCAGACCUGACUGGCCGCUCGCGUUCCCGGACACCUUUGUUAAAGGCUGCAUUGAAAAGCAACGAGGCGAUGAUUCGCCUAUUACUUGCGGCCGGAGCAAACAAAGAGAUCCAGGAUGCUACGUUCCUCUCACCUGUCAUGUUGCUUGGCGCACCAAGUGCAGAGGCUCGCCGUCAACUUAUUCAAGGCCGGUCAUUGUUAGAUUCAGAUCCCGAUAUUAUGCUUGCAUUGGACACGACUUCAGAUUGA